AUGAUAGUUUCAAUAAUGCGGCUCAUGGUGGGAGUGUCAAUCCUCUUGAUGAGCGUUAAUCCUCAGUGUGUUCCCGUUCUUGAAACGGCCCCCAAGAUUCAAGCCACUAAAACGCCUUACGAGUACCUGGCAAACAACAAUAUCUCGAAUGGAGCUCUUCCUGGAUGUGAAACUAAACAGAUUUGGAUGGUCACCCGCCAUGGAACGCGUUAUCCUAGUGUCGAUGGGUUGAAUAUCUUAAACGAACGAUUGCCCGUUAUCGUUGACGCAUUGCAAACUCAUUUGAACCAAGGACUCGGUGAUCUUUGUCCGGAGACAUUGACCGCGUUGAAAAGCACUUUACCUGCCUUGACAUUAGACAAUAAAAAGAAGCUUCACCCCGAGGGCGAACUGGAAAUGAUUGCCCUAGGCGAGCGCUUUCAAAUGCGAUUUCCGGACCUGCUCAAUAAUUACCAAGAUCCUUUGGCCUACAAGUUCAGAUCUACAGUUCUCCAGAGGGCCCAGCAGUCGCAAUUUCAUUUUGCCAUUGGAUUAUUUGAGCGGCCUAUUGCCCAAAAGAUCCAGUAUGAGACACCCAUAACGCCUCAUGAUCCUCUUUUACGAUUUUACAAAAUCUGUGAUCGGUGGUUGAACGAGGUCAAGCUGAACCCUGAGUCUCUUCGUGAGUUCAAUCUCUUUCAAGAUUCGGAAUUUUUCAGCCAAAACGUGAUUCAGCCCCUGUCAACGAGACUGGGAUAUCAACGAAGCUUGACCAAAAAAGAGGUCGAAGAAUUCUAUUUGGCCUGCCAAUUCGGACAGGCUUGGCAGCCUCGCCGGCCGUCGCCUUGGUGUAGCAUUUUCGAACCUAAUGAACUCGAGAUUUUGGAAUAUCGAGAAGAUCUCGAGUACUAUUGGAUCGAUGGAUAUGGCAAGGAUAUCAAUCACAAGCCGGCUUGUGUGUUGUUCAAAGAUUUGUUGGAAAAUUUUUCAAAUCUCACCAAAGGGGUCGACAGUGAGGAGCGAGCCAUCUUUUACUUCUCUCAUGCGGGCUUGUUGAUGAAGUUCCUGUGCUUUCUGGGAUUGAAUCAAGAUGCCGAGCCUCUACUUCACAACAAUUUUGAGGCCAUGAAACAAAGGCAAUAUCGGACAAGUCAAAACGUGCCCUUCGGAGCGAAUGUGGCGUUCGUCAUCCAAGAAUGUUCAAAUGAGAACAAUUACAAAGUAGGGAUGUUCUUAAACGAAAAAUUGACUCAAAUCCCUGGAUGCAAUCAAGAAUGGUGUGAUUACUCCACAUUCGUCGAUUUGCAUCGUGAGGAAAUGAGCCGUUGUGACUUCUCGGCAAUUUGUGAUCUCGAAACUGGCGAGAAGGCGUCAAGCCAUCUGAGGGACAGAGCCUCGGACGAUCGCUUCUGAUGUUCAGACAAAAUUCAAUUAGGCUUGUACGGUCCACAACGCAAAUAGUAGGGCAUUUCAAUGGGACUGUGUACUUUAACAAACCCGAAAUAAGAACGCGGCCAUUUCACCUCCGUCUCGGGUCGGAGGGUCGACGACGGAUCCUUGGAUUUCGCCUCGGGAACACAAACAAAACUUACUACUUAUCCUCAUUCAUACGUGUAUUCGGGAACGAUGAAACGUCGCUCUCUCAUAAAAUCCUUCGACAUACUGUACAUUGAACAUAGGUGCACGAAUGCUGUAAGCCGUCCGUCUCGAAGAACGGCACUGCCCUCCUUCCGAUUCUGUAUACAAAAGCUGAAGGGCGAGCGAAGAUCAUGGAAAAAGUAGAAAGCAGGCUCAUUCGUGUGUUUCCAAAGAUCCAUGCAAAACGUGACAUAGCCACAUUUUGAAAUUAAAGAGUGAAAUAAAGUGAUGUUCUGAUCCAA